UGUGUACACUGGAAAAAUUAAAGUAUUUUAUAUUUCACGAGUCUAACAGUGAUCUUGAUGAGUUUAUUAACAAUAUUAGAGAAAUGUGUUUAUAUUUAUUCUAAUUGUCUUCCCACUUUUAAUGUAAAAUUUAUUGGUACCACAGGAAAAAAGAAAGGUCCGUCGAGAGGGCGGGGGAAGAGUAUUGGUAAAACACCACUGCUACACUACUAACAGUGAGAUACUUCAGUCUGCGGAAACCGCUUGUGUAUGUUGCAUCGUUAUCGCAUGUCUUUCUCAGUUGGCCACGUGGGUUCUAAGUUUACAAUUCAACAACCAAUAUAGUAUAACAAGGGAAUUUCUUUAAUCGAUUUUUUGAAACGUAAUGUUUAACAGUUGACAGUCAGUUAACCAUUCCAUAAUACUUUCAAGCGGUUGGCACCCAUUGUUGGUAAAAUAAUUAAUAAUUAUUUCUCAAAGAUGAGAGGGGCUUAGGCCAAGAUAAGAUAGUUAGAUGUUAUUCUUAACGUAAUGGAUGAUUCUACUGAUACAAGAGACACUCGAUAUGAAACCCUUGGCUAUAACAUAAAUAUAAUGGGUAGCGAUAAUACAGUUUCUGAAAUUUAUAGUCGACAAUCUACUUCUCAAUUACAAAGCCAUCCAGGUGUUAGUAACAGUAUAGUUACAAGUGAUGGAACUGAUACUUCUGGAUCACUGAGUACUGAAAAUAUUAAUUUAAUCUCUACUAAUAAUACCGUAAUCAGUGUACAACGAGGGUUGAAAAGAACUUCUAAUGAUAUGUGUUAUAAUGAUGGUCCAAAUGAAACUCGUCAACUAAUAUCUUCAUCUCUUAUAUCAAGAGAUUGUGUAAAUGAUAACUGUGAGGAAUCUUACAAUAAUAUUGCCCUGUCAAAAAAAUCACCUCCCUCUAAUGGUAAGAAAACUAAAGGAAGAGUCAAGAUUAAGAUGGAAUAUAUUGAUAAUAAGCUGAGAAGAUAUACUACUUUUUCAAAACGGAAGACAGGCAUUAUGAAGAAGGCGUACGAGCUUUCAACAUUGACGGGUACACAAGUAAUGCUAUUGGUUGCGAGUGAAACGGGACAUGUGUACACAUUUGCCACUAGAAAAUUACAACCUAUGAUAACUAGCGAAGCUGGAAAAGCUCUCAUCCAAACAUGUUUAAAUAGUCCAGAUCCACCAACAUCUGGCUCGUCUGGGGAUCAGCGAAUGUCAGCUACUGGUUUUGAAGAAACAGAAUUGUCAUAUAAUAUUGGAGAUGAUGACCAACAAAAAGUAAGACAGCUUGUAUACGGUCCUUCCCAUGGAAGUGGCUUGCACGUUGGCUAUACAAGUGCCAGUGGUCCGCAAAAUGCUCAGCACGUCUCACCUUCACACGUUCAACAUACGCAUCUGAUAGCGCAUGCGCAUGCGACGCCCCCAAACUCGCAUUUAGUACCUUGCUCAAGUCCGAGUUCACUGCUUGCUGGUAGUCCAUACGUUCAAGCCUGUCCGUCUCCUCUUCCACCUCCUCAUACGUCUUACCAUCCACAUAUGACUCCCUCUCAUAAUCAACGGUAGUUAAAGACAGAUUAUGCUGUAGCUCAGUGAUCUCGUAAAAUAACUUUUAAUAAUCUCUUCGAAAAAAUGAAUUAAAUAGUCAAAUGGUUCUGUAAAAAUUGCUUAAAAAUUAUAAAAAAAGGUACACACAUUUUUUCAGUAUUUUAUAAAGAAAUAAACUUUAUGAAUUGCU